AUGGCCCUCCCCACACAGCCCCAGGAGGGUAACAACCCGUCGCUCUCGCCCGACAGAACACACGACUCGGCCGAAAGCCACCCCAAGGCACCUUCAAUCAACUAUGAAGCCAAGGCCUUGGCCACGGUGGAUACAGACCCAGAGUAUCCAGCCCCUAGCCCCGAAGAACAGCACACUCUGCGAAAGGUGGCAGGCCGCAUACCAUGGUCUUCUUAUCUGCUCUGCAUUGUAGAGUUAGCAGAGCGAGCUUCGUUUUAUGGUGUCAAGACGGUGUUCAACAACUUUAUGCAGUUUCCGUUACCAAAGGGCGGUAAUGGUGCUGGUGCUGUGGCUAAGAAUGACCCAAACGGCCACGCUGGUGCCUUGGACCGAGGUCUUCAGUUUGCCUCGGCCAUGGUACUUCUCUUCAACUUCCUGGCCUACAUCAUCCCGAUCUUCGGCGCAUGGCUAGGCGACACCAAAACUGGCCGUUUCAGAGCCAUCAUGUACGGCGUCAUUAUCGGCGGCUUCGCCCACGUCAUCCUGGUCGGUGGUGCAGCUCCCUCUGUUCUCAAAGCUGGCAACGGUCUGGCUCCUUUCAUGAUCAGCUUCUUCCUGCUCGCCAUCGGUGCUGGUUUGUUCAAGCCCAAUGUCGUUCCCCUCAUCGUGGAUCAGUACACGCACCAGAAGGAGUAUGUCAAGACGCUCAAGUCGGGUGAGCGCGUCAUCGUGGACCCUGAAACAACAGUUCAGAGGAUCAUGUUGAUCUUUUACAUGUGCAUCAAUGUUGGUGCCUUUUUCAUGAUUGCCACUACGUACAUCGAGAAGUACGUUGGCUUCUGGCUCGCCUUUCUGCUGCCGGGCAUCAUUUACAUCCUCCUCCCUGUUCUCCUAAUGUGGCGAUACAAGACCUUGCGCAGGACACCCCCUCAAGGAUCCGACUUGAACAACUUCUUCAAGAUCAUCGCCAUCGCUACCAAGGAGAACAAGGGAAGGCUUUGGGCCAAGGACUUUUUCCAUUCAGCCAAGGCCUCCACUCUCGCAACAAAAGGUACCAACGUCUCAUGGAACGACAAAGCCGUCGAUGACGCCCGUCGAACUCUUUCGGCCUGUCAGAUCUUCCUCUACCUGCCCAUCUUCUUUCUCAAUGACGGCGGUGUCGGCGCUGUGGCAUCCAACCAAGGAGCAUCCAUGACCACCAAGGGCGCACCUAACGAUCUGCUUCACAACUUCAACCCUCUGACGCUCAUGGUGGUUGCACCCAUCAUGACCUACAUCUUGUAUCCCUUCCUUCACCGACGUCGCAUCAAGUUCGGACCCAUCAGCCGAAUGACUUUCGGAUUCACUCUGGCCACCAUCUCGGGCGUCAUUGGAACGAUAGUGCAGUACCGAGUGUACGAGACGUCGCCUUGUGGCUACCACGCAUCCACAUGCGAUGAUGUUUCCCCUGUCUCCAUCUGGUGGCAAUUGCCCAAUGUCAUGCUCGGCGCCAUCGCUGAGCUGUUCUGUACUGUCACUGCAUACGAGCUUGCCUAUUCUCGGGCACCUCCUGGCAUGAAGUCUAUCGUUGUCGCCAUUUCUCUAGCCAUGCAAGCCUUGUCGGCAGCACUCGCCCAGAUCUUGAUCCCCGCCAUCGUAGAUCCUCAUCUGAUUUGGGCUUGGGCCGCUCCAGCCAUUGUCCUGUUUGUCCAGACAGUCAUCUUCUGGUUCCGCCAUCACCAUAUCAAUGAUGAAGAAUUCAUGACAUAUGAGGAAGACAGUGACUAUUCGACAGAAGAAAACAGAAAGGAAAGCAUCAAGGAUCCAAAAACCGAUAUCGUAUAA